AUGGCUAAUAAACAGAGAGUUUGUUGCGUGGCUGUAGACGAGAAUAAAUGGAGCGAACAAGCUUUUCUAUGGUAUGUAGAAAAUAAUUAUACGAAAGAAGACACCCUUGUUGUUUUACACGUUCAAAGCAUCCCGGAUUUAUCUUGUUUUAAUUUGUUAGGUGGCAUACGUGUGCUUGAAGAGUUUAACGAAAAAUUGCGCGCAACUGUUGAGAAUGAAGACAAACUUAAGUUAAAGUAUAAUUUGCUUUGCAACCAAUUAAAUAUCGAAUUCAAAUUUGUUACAGUUGAAAAAUCAAGCUCUGUCGGCAAAGCUGUAUGUGACUUUUUGUGUUCUAAUUCUGUCAAUGUUGUUGUAUUAGGGAAAAGAUGGCUAAGCAACGUUGAAAGUUUUAUCUUGGGAAGUACUAGUGAUUAUGUGUUGCAUCAUUCGGAGAUACCCGUUAUUAUUGUUCCUUUUACACGUUAG